AUGUCAACAGCCUUCUACAUACUGACCACCCUGGGGGGUUACCUGCUCACCUCAGCAAUGCUCCUGAGAUUCCCCAGCCUCCUGCACAAGAAGAAACAGCAGAAGUUCCGCUGCAGACACAUCUCCCACCGGGGAGGUGCUGGAGAAAAUCUAGAAAAUACAUUGACUGCAUUCAAACAUGCAGUCAGCCUCGGAACAGAUAUGCUGGAACUUGAUUGCCACCUCACGAAAGAUGAAGAGGUUGUGGUGUCUCAUGAUGGUAACUUGAAGCGGUCGACUGGUAUCAAUGCCAAUAUAUCGGAGCUGAACUACUGUGAUCUGCCUCCAUAUUUGUGUCAGCUGGAUGUGACAUUUGAAAAAGAUUGCUGCUGUGACGGUGGGGACGACAGACAAAUCCCGCUGCUGAAAGAAGUGUUUAAAGCAUUUCCAGAGACCCCAAUCAACAUCGAUAUCAAAGUGAAUAACGACAUUCUAGUCAAAAAGGUCUCAGAACUGGUAAGAGAACACGGGAGAGAGCACCUGACAGUGUGGGGUAACGCCAACUACGAGAUCAUUCAGAAGUGCCAUAAAGAGAACGGCAGCAUCCCUCUGCUUUUCUGCGUUCAACGGGUUCUGCUCCUGGUUGGACUAUUCUACACAGGACUCCUGCCCUUCUUUCCGAUUCGAGAACAAUUCUUGGAAAUUCCAAUGCCUUCUAUUAUCAUGAAGCUUAAAGAUCCCUCAAAAAUGAGCAGAAGUCACAAGCUUGUCGUGUGGCUGGCAGAUGCAUUAAUUAUGAGAAAGUGCCUAUUUGAGCACCUGAAAGCUCGAGGAAUCCAGGUUUACAUUUGGGUGUUGAACAAUGAAGAAGAAUAUAAAAGAGCCUUUGAUUUGGGUGCUACUGGUGUAAUGACGGAUUAUCCUACACGACUGAAGGAAUUUCUGGAGCUUUACGCUCACUGAGAUAGGUUUGAAGAGCCAGUCACCGAAGUGACGUUACUGUACAAUAAGUUGGAACAUUGGAACCAUAGAGCAGAUGUGCAUGUAUGAGAGGCCAUGCUGUGCGUGUGUCCAUAACUCUGAGACCUGCGGUCACGUCACUGGAUUACAUGAUAGGUUACUGGACAAUUGCAUGGUACAUGAGCUAGCAUGCCAUUCAUUCUGACUCAUCAUUUCUCUUGCAUGCACCACAGCAUAUAGAUCUAGCCCAUUGUUAUAAGGAAUUCUUGCUGAUAUGAAAAGCCAUGAAAUAUCUAAAAACAGCAGCAAGAAACCACCUGGACUCCAAAAAUGUCUUCGCUCUGUACUAAUUCUUCUAUAUAGAGUUUAGAUCAUGUGAAAAUUAUGUAAUAAAAUAUUUUAUACAUUC